GCCGCGCCGGCUGGGAGGAGCAGGACUCCCCCCGCCUCUGCAAACUGCGUGCCCGCCUGGGGGCCAAGCCGGCCGCUGUAGGGACCGGCCCCGAAGCCGCCUCUGGGACUCCGCCAUGCCCCUGGCCCGGCAUGGAGCCUGCUGGGAGCCUGUUGCAGGGCAAAGCCUUCUACUGCCGGGAGUGGGCGCUGGGCCGGCUGGCGCUCAGCUUGGAGGGGGGCGGAGGGGUGCUGGUGACAGGGGGGCCUGGCAGUGGCAAGACGGCCCUGUGCACCGAAGCCCUGUGGCCCACCUCGGAGGCGGGGCGCCGGGUGGGUCUGGGCGAGUAUGCCCUCGCUUGGCACUUCUGCCAGCCCCACGACGCCACCACUUGCUCCCCGCGGGGCUUCCUGCGCAGGUUGGUGGGGCAGGUGGAACGCUGCCCGCUCUUGCCUGGGUAUCGGGAGCACCCGAGCCACGUGGAGGCCUGGCGCGCCCUGGAGGCAGCCGAGGGCAAGAAAGACCCGGAUGAAGCUUUCCGGAGAGCAGUGCUGCUUCCUCUGCUGGACCUCCCACCCCCUCCCAAGCCGCUGCUGCUGGUGGUGGAUGCCCUCGAUGCGGGCCAGCCUGGCCGGGAAGCAGAGCGCGCCGCCGCCGCCCCCCCUCCGGGGCCCAGCCACACCAUCGCCCAGCUCCUGGGGAGCCACCUCCAGCUGCUGCCCCACUGGUUGCUACUGGUGUGCACCGCCCGCUCCCAGAGCAAGGGGGUGCUGCGCCUCUUCCCAGGCUUCCGGAGGCUCUGCUUGGAUGACCUGCGGCGGGACUCUGUGGUCUGCGACGUGCAGCAGUACAUUCUGGCCCGGCUGGACCAGGAGGCGGCCCUGCGGCGGCACCUGACGCGCGACACAGCCGAGGCCCUGAGCCAGCUGCACAUCAAGAGCAACGGGUGCCUGCUGUACCUGGAGCGCGUCUUGGACGGGGUGGCUGGCGAGCUGGUCACACUGCGGGAGGUGCGCCACAUUCCAGGGACCCUCUACGGCCUGUACCUUUGGCUCUGCCAGCGCCUCUUCCCUGGGCCCGAGUUUGCCGGCAUCCGCCCCUUGCUGGAGGCCCUCCUGGCCGCCCCCCGUCCUCUCUGGCCUGAGGAACUGCACGCUGCCGUCUGGACCCGCCAGCCUGUGCCCUGGGAGGAGUUUGAGAAGCGGCUCGCAGCCUUGGCUGCGCUGGUGCAGAAGGGCCACGGCGGCACCUGCAUCCUCUUCCACGCCAGCUUCGCCGAGUGGCUGUGUGACGUCAAGCACUGCACGCAGAAGUACCUUUGCCGGCCAGCCAGCGGGCACGCCUUGCUAGCCAUGAGCGUCUCCUGCCGGGCACCGGAGCUGAGCCCGGAGCAGGUGCAUGAGCUGGCCCGACACCUGCUCUGGGCCGACCUGGGCAUGGAGCCCUGGCAGCUGGCCCUGUGGCUGGUGUGGUGCGGGGCGCCUGUCGAGCGCUGCCUGGAGGUGGACGAGAUGCUGCUGCCUUUGGAGCCGCGGGUGCUGGAGCUGUUGGUGCUGGCCGGGGCCCGCCUGGGGGACCAGGGGCCGGGGCCCUCGCUGCAGCACGCCCUGGAGCGCGAGGACUCCGUGCGGCUCCUGCUGGAAAACGGAGCCAGCGUCAACCAGCGCGAUGCCAACGGGCGGACUUUGCUGGCAAGCGCUGCCCACAGUGGCAACUACGAAGUGGCAGGGCUGCUCCUGACACGCGGGGCGCAGGCAGAGAUCCCGGAUCGGCACGGGCAGACACCCAUGACUCUGGCUGCACGCCAAGGACACACCAAAGUCUGCCUUUGUCUGCUGGCUCACGGGGCCAGCGUCGACCGCCCUGACCGGGAAGGCUGGACGGCACUGCGGGCUGCCGCUUGGGGGGGCCACAGCGAGGCAGUUGGUGUCCUUUUGCGGGCAGGGGCAAAUGUGGACUGCCGCGAUGCAGAGGGGAGAACGGCGCUUCGGGCAGCCGCCUGGGGGGGCCAUGACGACAUUGUGGCGACACUCUUGCAACGCGGGGCUGACGUCAACCGAGCUGAUGUGGAGGGGCGCACGGCACUCAUGGCAGCUGCCUAUAUGGGACACCGUGAGAUUGUGGCUCUGCUGCUGGCUCAUGGCGCUCACGUGGACCAUGCCGACAUGGAUGGGCGCACAGCACUUUCUGUGGCAGCCCUCUGUGUCCCAGCAAGCCGUGGCCAUGCCAAGGUGGUAGAGCUGCUCUUGGAACAUGGAGCCUCUCCUGGAUACGCGGACCGGGACGGCAUGACCCCGUUGCUUGUGGCUGCCUAUGAAGGCCACGCAGACGUGGUUGAAUUGCUGCUCGAUGCUGGGGCCGAGGUGGAUGAGGCCGAUUCGGCUGGCUGCACCCCACUCUUGGCUGCUGCCUCUAUGGGCCACAGGGCGGUUGUAGACUGCUUGCUGCUGUGGGGAGCCGCUGUUGAUGUCCUGGACAGCGAAGGGCGGACAGUUCUGGGUGUGGCAGCCGGGCAGGGCGGUGAAGCUGUGGUCAGGUCUCUGCUGAAGCGAGGCCUCGAUGAGAAUCACCGCGACAGGCUGGGCUGGACCCCCCUGCAUUUGGCUGCUUGGCAGGGCCACGCUAGGACCUGUGCUGUGCUCCUGGAGGCGGGGGCUCGUGUGACGGAGCCCACCCGCGAUGGGCAGGUCCCGUUGAUGCUGGCUGCCGGGGAGGGCCACACGGAGGUGGUGCGGCUUCUGCUUGAGCGCGGCUCCCCCAUCGAUCACACCGGCUACGACGGGCUGUCUGCUCUGACCUUGGCCAUGCUGGCUGGGCACUGUGCCACAGCCGAACUGCUGCUGCGCAAGGGGGCAGACGUGAACCUGUUUGACGCUGAGGGGCGCCCCAUGCUCUACCUUCUGGUGCUGGAGGGGCUCCUGGACAUGGCGGGAUUGCUGCUGGAGAACGGAGCCAGCCUCGAGGGACGUGAUGCCCAGGGCCGAACCGCACUGCACGUGGCUUGCUGGCAGGGCCAGGAAGAAGCUGCGCGGCUCCUCUUGAGCUACGGGGCUGACGUGGAUGCUCUGGAUGGUGAGUGCCGCUCAGUCCUGCAUUUGGCUGCCUGGCAGGGGCACGCCAGGCUUGCUGACCUCUUGCUGGAGAACGGGGCACAGCCCGAUCACGCCUGCAAACAAGGGGCCACCGCUCUGGGCAUCGCAGCCCAGGAGGGCCAGGCCGAGGUGGUGAGAGUGCUGCUUGAGCAUGGGGCAAACCCCAGAGUCCUCGACAGGGCUGGGCGCACCCCAAUGCGCAUGGCAGCUAAGCAGGGCCACCAUGCUGUGCUGCAGUUGCUGGAACGUUACGGGGCCGUGCCUGUGUCCACCUCCCCGCAGCCGGGCUCCUCCGGCAGUUCUGCAAGCAGCCCCGCCCCUCCUGGCAAGCAGAGCCGCUCUCCGCCUGCCUCCGUGGACUCCGUGGAGGAGCACUGCAAGUCCCGGGCGUCCCACUGCUCCUCGGCAGCCACCACAACCACUUUUCACUCGCUCGCCACGGCCCAGACAGUGCCUAUCGACAGCCUCAGCUUCGCACAGCAAAUCCAACAGCAUUCGCUGCCCCGACGGCGCCUGGCUGCCCUCUCGGCAGUCCACCGCUCUGCGGCUCAGGACCAGCUCAGCGGAGGGUCUGGCUGCCCUCUCAUCUCCAUGGACUCUCUGGACCCCCACCUGCACCUGAAGGCAGCCAUCAAAUUACAGUUUGAGGGCCCCACGUGCGGCUAUGAGUAUAAGCAAGAGACGCCCCUUUGACCGGCAGUUUGGGGUCUUGUUCCAGGUGCAGGCGCUGGAGGUGCAGCACAGGCCUCGCCCCCCCCCCAGCAGGUCUGUUUCUAGAAAGGGACUUGAAGGCCUCGACCUUUGGCCGGGGGGGGGGGGAGGGGUGCCCAUAGCCACAAGCCUCGAGACGGGCAUUUCCUUCCCACGAUUCCCUCGGCCUGCCUUUGGACAUCGCAGGAAGUGCCUCUCAUUGCCUAGGGUGGCACUUCCAGGAUAGACAUUCCAAGCACACACGGGGUUGGUGAGCGAGGGGCGGGGGGCUCUUGGCUCGGGGGUCUUGUUGCAUGCUAUGUGGCUGUUUCCCUCGUGUCUAUGAACAGUGAAGGCUGGGAGGCAGAGUGGGUAGCGGGGAAGGUGGGCCUGCUCCUUUGAACCCGGUCUGGGCUCCCGAAGCCUCCACUGGCCCCCUGCCUUGUGGCCAGAGGUGCCUUAGAUUGUGAAGAGAAAGGGAGGCUCCCCACCCAGGAGGUGCGGCCUCUUAAAUCCCGGAUCCUGGAGCUGUGGGGCAACGCAGAGCGGAAAGGGGGGAUCGGGGUGUGUGGCAGGCAGGCCUGUGUGCGCCGCGUGUCCUCCGCUGGAAGGCAAGGCGUUGCUGUCCCCACGCACCCAAGUCCCCUUCCUUGGGGCUGGUCCCUCUGCUGCCAGGUGCCGCUUGCAGAGGCUCACGAGCACAGCCAGGCGCCGUGGGUCGUGCCUCCAGCAGGGUGGGCUUUCUCUCUCGGCCCCUUGUGCAAGAGCAGGCCCAACUCCCAGCCCUUCUGGCCCCACCAGUGUGACUCUGUUGGAGGAAGCAGGCCUGGCCCUCUGCAGCUGGCUUAGAAGCCAGAGCUGGACAAGGUAUCGCCGGAAGAAGGCUUGACCGACCCCGAGGCUGCCUGUUGUGCAACUGGCUCUUCCUGCCCCAGCAGCAAGAGAGGCGGCCCUGAAGUCUGCUCCUCCGGCUUGGCCAGCCUCGCCUUGGGAAUCUGUCUGCUGAUGGCCUGGAGCGGGCAGGAACCCACAUGCUUGGGGGCCACUGGUGUCUCCCCCCCCCCCCCCCCCGCUCCUGAUCUGGUGCUCUGGCCGUGCUGCCUGCCUUUAUGUCUUAAAUCACUUAUUUAAUUAGUCGCCACAAGUGACUUUGGAAGCCCUCGAUACCAAAAGCAGCCCCUGCCCUGCCCUUCCCCACCGAGGCCCCACGGGUGGGAGGGGCUGGCGCUCUCCUCCUUGCACAGCCCCCGUGGCUUGCAUCGAUGUGCAAAUUACUGUCGCCAAUAAAGGUCCAGUGCUGGCACA